GGCUCGGCUGCGGCUCCCGCGGCAGCUGCGGGCAGGAGGCGGAGCCGCGGGGCGGCGGGACUGGGGAGGCUAUAAGAGGUGCCGCGGUGGUUCCGCGCUCCACUCUUCUUUUUCCGGCGCUCCGGGUUCGCCUUGCUGUUGCUCCCGCUCCGGUCUAUGGUGCAGCCGGGACCCAGGACCAUGUCGCGCUCUGAAGAGGUGCACCGACUGACGGAGAAUGUCUACAAGACAAUUAUGGAACAGUUCAACCCUAGCCUCAGGAACUUCAUUUCCAUGGGGAAGAACUAUGAAAAAGCCCUGGCAGGUGUGACGUUUGCUGCCAAAGGUUAUUUUGAUGCCCUGGUAAAAAUGGGGGAGUUGGCCAGUGAAAGUCAAGGCUCAAAAGAACUUGGGGAUGUACUCUUCCAGAUGGCAGAAGUUCACAGGCAGAUUCAGAAUCAGUUAGAAGAGAUGCUGAAGUCUUUUCACAAUGAACUACUCACACAGUUGGAGCAGAAAGUGGAAUUAGAUUCCAGGUACCUAAGUGCUGCACUGAAGAAAUACCAGACAGAGCAAAGGAGCAAAGGGGAUGCCCUUGACAAGUGUCAGGCUGAGCUGAAGAAACUUCGUAAGAAGAGCCAAGGGAGUAAAAACCCUCAGAAGUACUCCGACAAGGAGCUGCAGUACAUAGAUGCAAUCAGUAACAAGCAAGGUGAAUUGGAGAACUACGUGUCAGAUGGCUAUAAGACAGCCCUCACUGAGGAAAGGAGAAGGUUUUGCUUCUUGGUGGAAAAGCAAUGUGCUGUGGCCAAAAACUCAGUCUCCUACCAUUCCAAGGGAAAGGACAUGCUGACUCAGAAACUCCCAUUGUGGCAGCAGUCCUGUGCCGACCCCAAUAAAAUCCCAGAUCGAGCCAUCCAACUGAUGCAGCAGAUGGCGGCCAGCAGCAAUGGCACAGUCAUGCCCAGUUCCCUGUCUGCUUCCAAGUCUAACUUAGUCAUCUCCGAUCCCAUUCCUGGUGCCAAACCGCUUCCAGUACCCCCGGAGCUGGCCCCGUUUGUGGGGCGUAUGUCGGCCCAGGAGAACGUGCCUGUAAUGAAUGGCGUCUCAGGUCCAGACAGUGAAGACUACAACCACUGGUCUGACAGGAAGCCAGCCCAGCCCAAAUCUCUGUCUCCUCCUCAGACCCAGAACAAGAUGAGUGACUCCUACUCAAACACGCUUCCCGUGCGCAAGAGCGUUGCCCCGAAAAACAGCUACGCAACCACCGAGAACAAAACUCUUCCUCGCUCUAGCUCCAUGGCAGCUGGUCUGGAGCGAAAUGGCCGAAUGAGGGUGCAAGCCAUCUUCUCCCAUGCUGCUGGUGACAACAGCACCCUUCUGAGCUUCAAAGAGGGAGAUCUCAUCACCCUGCUGGUCCCCGAGGCCCGGGACGGCUGGCACUAUGGCGAGAGUGAGAAAACUAAAAUGAGAGGCUGGUUUCCUUUCUCCUAUACCCGGGUCUUGGACAGUGAAGUCAGUGACAGAUUGCACAUGAGCCUGCAGCAGGGAAAGAGCAGCAGCACAGGCAACCUGCUAGACAAAGAGGAUCUGGCUAUCCCACCCCCGGAUUAUGGUGUGUCCUCGUCAAGGGCCUUCCCUGCCCAGACGGCCAGCACCUUCAAGCAAAGACCCUACAGUGUGGCUGUACCUGCCUUCUCCCAGGGCUUAGAUGACUAUGGUUCCCGAUCUGUGAGCAGUGGCAGUGGGACUCUGGUCUCAACAGUGUGAGGACCCCUUGACUAGAAAUGGCACCUGCUGCUUUGAAGAGAUUUUCUGCUUCUCUUUCCCCUCCCCUCCCCUGCCUUGAUUUCUCUGGUUUAUUUGGUCUCUCCCUUUUUCUUUUUCUCCUUCUUCAACUCAUUGGUUUGUUCUUGGGUAGACUUUUUUUCCCCUUUGCCUUUUGUUUGGUGACAUUUUAAACUCUGUGAUCAUCAAGGAUCCAUGGUGCUGCUUCAUCUCUGUUUCUUUAUUCUUCGUCCCUGCCCUGCCUCCAACUCUGGUCCAAAGCCUUUCAGAGUGCAAACUGCCCAGCCGGGGGCUGCUCCCUUGGGGAGCAGCAGCUUGGAUGCAGUGUCUACAGCCUUUCUGCUGCCCACUUUGGAUGUUGACAAUGCAUUAUCCCUUUUCUAAAGCUCUUUCCUGAGCCAUGUUUAGAGUCUGAAGGCAAAAAACAAACAAAAAAACUCCUCAGCAGAUAAAGGACUCCCUCCAUGGCACCCCAAAACACAAGCACACUCACACACACCACAGAACAAAACACAUCCAAAUCCAAUAUGCAUGGACUAUGGUGUACGUACUGUUAUUAUUAUUUUUUUUUUCAAUAUGACUUUCACUGGGUUCACUGCCCAAUUUCUUUAUUAGGAAAGGGAAGGCAGACUAAAAGCUCUAGAGAGACUAAGGUCUUUCUCUUUGAGGGCAGGCUUGAAAUGCAAUCCCCACGCCUCAACCUAUCCCCUUAUCCCCUUGCCCCUGGGUGGCAUAUAGAAAAGUGGAUCGUCAGGCUUUGGCCCAUUAGGAAAGCUGGCUGGCUCUCUGUGAAGGAGAGUAUCUGCUUAGGACCCAGCCCAAGGGGCCAAUCAAAAGCGUCUUUCUCAAUGAAGUUGUUUUAUAGGUGUACAUAGAAUAUAUAUGUAUAUAUAUAUAUAUAUAUAUAUAUAUAUAUAUAUAUAUCUUUUUUGUAGCAGGGUAUUGUUACCUCACUUUAGCGCACCUGGGUAGGGGCUGGGGAAGGAAUACGCACCUGACUAAAGAGAAUUCCAAAGACCUUGAUCGAUUGAUCGAUCUAUCUAUCUUAACUAUAGCGAUAGAUAGAUAAAGAUUAUAGGUAUAGAGAUAUAUAUAUAUAUAUUUUUUUUCCUCCUUCCUUUUGGAAUUAUUCCUUCAACCAGCUUUGCAGAUUAGUCCCUACCAUGUGUGGUAACACAAAUGACAUUAAAUGAUUGGACCUCAUUUCUCUGGGCAAGUGGCUGUUUGCAAGGCUGCUUUAAAAACCAGGGCCCCAGGCUGUCCCUUUAUAGGGAGGGGUGGGGUAAGCAAGCAGUCUCCUGUUGCAUUCUUUCCUAAACACUGUCCAUCUUUUUGUAUGUCUUGGUCACUUUAGAAACAAACACAUGGGACUCAAUGGCACUGGUAUUGUUUCUUCACCCACUGAAUUCUGUCUGGGAAGUGAGUGAAGGGCCAACAACCCCACUUUACCCUUUCCGUGUUGGUGAAAGCCUUCAUUGUGAAGCCGUAGACACUUCCUUUUCCGGUGUGAUUUUAAAACCUCCUACCUACCUGUUGACUAGGAUGUUGUUGGCAAUACAUAUGACAUGUAGAGAGAGAAAGCAAGAGAGGGGUUCUUGUUUUGUGUUAAAAGGGGCGGGGGGAGGGAGAAGACAGAACACGGACCUGUGUACUAAGAACCCUCCGUGUUGGGGUGAUGAUGUUGCUAAAAGAUCUUAAAUCCAGGGGAUUUUAUGCUCAGUGGAUUGAAUGUAUACACAAAAUAGCAAAACUUGUAUGAAGAUUGUAAAGUACUGAAAUUUUUUUUCCUUUUUCCUUUUUCCUUUUAUCUUUUUAUCUUUUUUUUUUUAAU